AUGGAGAACAGACCACAAUGCAGUAUAUCACUUAAUUUAGUUGAUAACAAAGAACUACGGUCGCGUAUCAGGAAUUCAAUGGGUAUCGGUUAUUGGAAUGCCUAUACUAAAAGUGAAAAGUAUUUAUCUGAAAAACCAACAAAUAUGGAAAUUGAUUCUGCCGAAUUAGCAAAGCAUAAUAAGUCUGAUGAUAUGUGGAUAGCUCUAGAUCAUCAAGGAAAAACUGUAGUAUAUGAUAUCACAAAAUUUGCGGCGUAUCAUCCUGGAGGUGUUGAUAUACUGUUGGAAUAUGCUGGAACUGAUGCUUCAGAAGCAUUUCGAAUGGCACAUUCAUAUGUUAGCACAAAUAUGAUAUCUAGAUUACAGAAAGGUUAUUUAAAACAAAGUGCACCUGGUCGAGGUGGUAUACCUAAUCAAUUAUCUCCAUUCUUUAUUCCAUCGAAGCUUCGUCUAAACAGUACAAAGAAACCUAUUUGGGAUUGGAAAGAAUACGAUAGUUAUAUUGAAUUGAUUAUUAAUUAUGGGAAUAAUAAAGUCUUUGAUAAAUUUUGUUAUGAAUUAGAUAGAUUACGAGUACUUUGUACAUGGACUAAAUGUGAUCAACAUGAUAAACAAAUGAAUUCCAAUGGUGUACUUAUGUUACGUACAGUUUUAGAUAAUGAAUAUCAUUGUUUGAAAUUGAGACUAUGUGCUCAACUUCGUCCAGAUUUGUGUACACUUUGUUUGAAUCAAUCGGGAAUUGGGAAUUCGAAGUCAUUGUCUUCGCUUUCACCACCACCACCAUCAUCAUCAUCACUAUUAAAACGAAUAGGGGAGGGAGGUGGCAGAGAAGGAACAAUCCAGUUGAGUAUCAAUUUAAUUAAACUCCUAUCUGUUACAUCAUCAUCAUCAUUAUCUUCAAUAUCUUCUUCCUCAUUUCCAUCAUUAUCAGUACAACCAAAUAUUGGUAGUAUAGAAUUAGUUGAAAAAUCGACAAAUAAUUCAUUUAGUACAAUUGGUGUUGUACUUCGUGAUAUUUGUAUUGGACUAGAUGUUGAAAAUAGUUCCAUUUCUAAUGAGUUGUUUUUUGUUUGUUCUAUCAUUGAAUCUUAUUGGUUACAUAAUCAUCAUCAUCAUAAUAAUAAUAAUUAUCGAUUCAUACGUAUAAAUUGGCCAGAAUCACAAGUAAAUAUGAAUAUACCAAUUGGAUAUCAUGUAAAUGUUCGUUUAAAAGAUUCCGAAGGUAAUUACGUUAUCAGACCUUAUACACCAGUAUGCAAUGAUUUAACUCUUUCAUCAAUAAUCAAUACUGAUUGUCAACAGGAAAAAUGUGUAAAUCAAUGUUGUUUAUUAAUUAAAAUUUAUCCAGAUGGGGAAUUUUCUCAACUUGUGAAUAAUAUUUCUACAAAUGAUACUAUUGAAAUCAGUCUACCAAUAGGUAAUUUCAAUAGUAAUCUAAUCAAACAAAUCAUUCAUAAUAAUAAUAAUAAGAAUGAAUCAAAAUUGACCCAUCUUAUUAUGUUAGCCGGAGGUAGUGGAAUAACACCUAUGCUACGGAUAAUCAAUUAUUUAUUGACUGAUCAUCAUCAAAAUUUACAAACAUUUAAAAUACAUCUAAUUCAUUUUAAUCGUUGUCAAAUGGAUCAAAUAUUAAUUUCAUAUUUUCAAUCAUUACAUAAUCAUUUCCCAAAUAAAUUUUCCAUUACUCACGUUCUAUCUGAACCAUUAUGCAUUACUGAUGGUGAUAAUAAUAACCAUUGGUUAUAUGGACAUAUAACCGAUGAAUUAUGUCGUCAAUGUUUUGAUCAAGAAAUUAUUGACAAUUUUGAAUCACAGACAAUUUGUUUAAUAUGUGGUCCAUCUGGUUUUAAUGAUACAGCUUUAAAACUAACAAAUCAAUGGUCUAUUCCUAAAGAACGUGUACAUGUCUUCAAAGGAUGA